UAUCGUGCUAAUUUCCUGUUAAGCCCUUCGCGCACAGUUGGAUGAGCUCACAUUAAAAUUCUUAUUUAUCUCCUCCGCCAAGCGCACAUUUGAAAGAUGAAUACGGUACUAUCAAGGGCAAAUUCCCUUUUCGCGUUCUCGCUGAGUGUGAUGGCCGCUCUUACGUUUGGUUGUUUUAUCACGACUGCAUUCAAAGACAGAAGCAUACCUGUGGAUAUCCACGUAUCGAAAGUAAUGCUGAAGAACGUGGACGACUUCACUGGGCCAAGGGAAAGAAGUGAUUUGGGCUUCAUCACAUUCGACCUCCAAGCUGAUUUGCAGCCAAUAUUUGAUUGGAACGUAAAGCAGCUCUUCCUGUACCUUUCAGCCGAGUAUGCUACUAGGAAUAAUGCCCUUAACCAGGUCGUCCUUUGGGACAAAAUAGUCCUGAGGGGGGAAAGCACGAAACUGAGGCUGAGGGAAACGAAAUCCAAAUACUUCUUCUUUGAUGAUGGAAAUGGUCUUAGGUCCAAUAAGAACAUUACCCUCACGCUGUCCUGGAAUGUUGUGCCGAAUGCAGGGAUCUUGCCUCUGGUCAUGGGCUCUGGAUAUAUUUCUCUGCCCUUCCCCGACGCGUAUGAAACUACCAAGAGCUACUGAGAGUGAUGGAAAUAAGUUGUUGUUUGUAAAUGUUGUGUGGUCUUUUACAGUUGACGCUUUUAAUAAAAGGGGAUGUUAUGGGUGA